AUGUCAAGGCUGACGAAAGACGCUUAUUGGACAAGCGAUUUGGGCGGCGCAGUGAUGCUAUUGCGUCCAUACCAAGACCUGUUCUACUACGAUGCACCACUGAGGCAGUGGCUAGCUCGCCUGGAGAAAGACUUUGAAGGAUAUGAUGGGUCAAUAGACCCCCCGGGGGUCUCUGCGGACAGUGGCGAGAACGAUCACAAUGACGAUGACACAGGAUCUCCUACACGCGAAAGUUCAGUAUCGAUUUCUGCCGUACAGCAUGUGGUAGCGGAAAUGGGAAUUCCCGGGCAGAGCAACAUCGACCAUGAAAGUUUUCCCCAUCGAAAUCAAGAUAAGACUUCCGACAGAGCAGACGACGACCCCGAGAGCAUUGAUGAGGACUCGGAUAGCGACGAAGAUGGCUUUAGUGCUCGCGAGAAAACGUUGGCUAAUUCUAUAACGGCUUUGAUCCAUCUCCGAAGUCUUUUGGAGUUCGUUGACAAUGAGAUCAAGCCCAGGCGAGAGUAUGUGGAGAGUACCAUGUGCAGUCAUGUGAGCUUUCAAGACUUAUGGCACCUCUUCAAUCCCGGUACAGAAGUCAUUGAUCAGGGGGGGAGACAAGCCUUCGUCGUACUGAGGGUCGAGGUUCCAGCUCACAAGAUCGAGGAGCCUUGGGGACGAUGGAGCAAGCGGUUGAAUGAGGAUUCCGAAGAACAGGCCACCAAAGAUCGAUCUAAUUUUACUCUCCAUUGCGCAUCUAUAGACUUUGACGGGAAGAACUUUGGCCCUGUCUCGAAGGCUUUCAUCAUCUCUCCAUUCGGCGAUCUCAAGCCCGUCGUGUCCCUCCCAAUCUACCCUGUCCGGUUCAAAGGACAAGAGACACGACAAAACCUCAUUCGAAGAGGCCGACUUCUAUUAGAGGUUGCGGACUUUAAAGCCAUGUACUAUACCGGGGCUACUCUCGACAAGGGGGAUGAUAGUCAAGUGAUGACCACGGACUACAUCGAAUCACUGGUACCAGAUCCUGGAGGUCGAUCCCUCAUCUUAUCGCCGAGGUCUCUAGAGGAAACAAUUGGUUCUACUGAUGAGCUUACAGAAACAGAGCUUCUCAUCAUGACUUACAGAGUCUUCGGCUUCGUCCUCCGAAGUCGCAAAUGGGCCCAGCUUGACCUGAAUCUAGUACGAUAUGAAAAUUCUAGUGAAAGGGACCUUACUAUAGAUGCCUUCGAGCGACUCGAGUUACCGGAAGGCCAUCGAGAGCUGGUCCAAUCUCUUGUCACACAGCACUUCCGCAACAGACAGUCCUCAUUCACAAGGGACGAGCAGACAGACCUAAUUAAAGGCAAGGGCAAAGGAUUGAUCAUGUUGUUGCACGGUGCUCCUGGCGUCGGCAAAACAACUACUGCAGUCAACAAGAGGGCAUUGCAGAACUAUUUCGAAAGCCAUUAUUCCAGAUUACUCGUGGUCAGGGACUUGGGUACUACCGCCAAAGAAGUAGAGGAAGACCUCGAGAGAAGCUUUGCACUGGCAAGUAGAUGGGGCUGCAUUCUACUCCUCGACGAAGCAGACGUAUUCCUCGCUGCGCGUUCUAAAAAUGACUUCGCACGCAACGGCUUAGUGGCCGUUUUUCUUCGCGUUCUUGAGUACUAUACCGGCAUCCUGUUUCUCACCACUAAUCGUAUAGGGGAUCUCGACGAAGCUUUCGCCUCUAGAAUACAGAUGAGUCUUCACUACCCAGAGCUUGAUGAGCUCAAGACUCUGAAGGUGUUCAGACUUCAUCUUGAUCUCAUCGAACAGAGAUUCAAGAAGCAAGGUCGAACGAUUACAUUCGACAUAUCAUCAGUCGAGGACUUCGCCAGCCAGCAUUACGCUGAUCAACCAUACAACCGAUGGAAUGGACGGCAAAUCCGCAAUGCUUGUCAUACUGCUUUAGCGCUCGCAGAAUUUGAUGCGCAGAAGAAUGGAUCAGAAAUCAAUUUGGAGAUUGACAAAUCCGCACCCGUGUCACUCCAGCUCAAAUACUUCAAGAUCGUCCAGAAAGCCUAUCUCGACUUUGGCGAGUACUUGGCUGAUAUUUAG